AAAGAUGCUCAGUCGUCUCCGAUAAGCGCUAAACAGUUCACAUCUUCUCAAGCGAAAUUUAAACAUCCCAUUUCAAAAAAUGCGUUUGCAACUUCCCUUGCUCCUCGUCUUUUUGGCUUGUGCAGCUUCUCAGGCGUUCAACCCUUACGUCGGCGAGCAAUAUCCGUAUUACUACAAUAGCCCGUCGUAUUAUAGAGCCGACGAUGCAGAAAAUUUACGGCAAAUGAUGUUUUCGUUGGCCUUGCCUGCGAGACAAACGACGGUGACAGUCACGACCACUGUUCGACCGACGUUCUCAUUCCCAACGCUGUCGAUGCCAUCCCUACCGCCACUGCGGCAAACGAUAACGAGCCGACUGACGACAUAUUCCACGAUUACCUGCACCAAGUCAACCGAUGUCCCUUGUCCGGCUGUUGUCAAAAAAACCAGCACGGCUGAUCUUAUGGCAGCAACAAGUGGGAGCCAGAAAAAUACAACAGCAGUCGCUGACGUCGAGGUAGAAGAAGAGGAUGACGCUGUACAGCAAUUCGCCGCCGUCACUCCGACCGUCGUCCAAAAAGUUGAGACUACAAAAGUGCCGACCCAAAAAGUUCCCAACAAGAAAGUGCCAAACCGAAAGGGCCGUGAUAUCGAAUCGGAAUUGUUGUCCUUGUUGUCUCCGGAUUUCUACGACGACUAUUUCGAAAAUCAGCCCCAUGACAUCGAGUCCGCUUUUCACACCGGCCCGUACAAUCCCGUUCCUCUGCCUUUUUUCAGAACGUAUCAGCCAUCACCUAAUAUUGCCCAGCUGCGCCAAUCGUCGUUUUUUGCUUUACUAGGAAGUCUAUUCACCGGCCGGAGCACGAUAACAGUCUUUGGAAUCAAAACGUCUACCUUGACACCUACUUGUUCGGUGGCCGGGCCCAUUCCUCAAUGUCCAAAUAAUUAAUUGUUUUUUAAAUUGAGACCUGGUUUAACCUGCAGGAAAUUAUUUAUUUGAAAUAGAGUAGCAGACUGGUCCGAGAGAAUGACUUCCAACUGUUCAGCCAGCCAUAAGAAUUUUUUGUGAAACUCUCCUCUCCAUUUAAAAUAAACAUUACACAUAUUUAAAAA